GUCCCUAUAUAGAAUGUGUUUCCUCUCUUAUGAAUCAACUCUUUCGCGUCUACUAGCGUGUUGAGAAGGGAUUAGAACCAGUGCGAUUAGGGUUUCGGGGGUAUCUUCUCCGAUCACGCGCCAUCGAUCGCCCCAGCUCUCGACUCCCGCGGCAAUGGCGAGCCUCUCCUCGGCGUUCCAGCCCCCGGCGGCGCCGUCCCCGCCGCAGAUGUCGCCGGGGCCGUCGCCGCAGGGCGGCGGCGGCGCCGCAUUCGGGAACGCGUCUCUCUACGUCGGCGACCUCGAUCGCGGGAUCACGGAGGCGCAGCUCUACGAACUGUUCAACCCCGUCGCACCCGUCGCCUCCGUUAGGGUUUGCAGGGAUCAAGUCCGGAGGUUCUCCCUCGGAUACGCCUAUGUCAAUUUCCACACUAUGCAAGAUGCUAAACAUGCAAUGGAGAUCUUGAAUUUCACUCCCAUUCAUGGGAAACCUAUCAGGAUCAUGUUCUCACACCGAGAUCCUAGCAUCCGAAAGAGUGGUCUAGCUAAUAUAUUUAUAAAGAAUCUUGACCCUACCAUUGAUAACAAAUCUCUGCAUGAUAUAUUUGCAUCUUUUGGUACUGUCCUUUCCUGUAAGGUGGCAACCGAUAUUAAUGGCCAAUCAAAAGGAUAUGGCUUCGUGCAGUUUGACCGUGAAGAAGCAGCUGAAAAUGCCAUCAACCAACUUAAUGGGAUGUUGAUGAAUGAAAGGAAGGUUUAUGUCGGUCUAUUUGUCCGUCGUCAAGAGAGAGAUAAAGGGAAUGGAUCAAUUAAAUUCACUAAUGUAUAUGUAAAGAACUUGCCAGAGACAUUUACUGAUGAUGACUUGAUAAGGGAAUUCAAAAGUUUUGGAGAUAUCACCAGUGCUGUAGUCAUGAGAGAUGCAACUGGCAAUUCAAGGGGUUUUGGUUUUGUAAAUUUUGAUAAACCAGAUGCUGCUGCUGCUUCUGUUGAAAACCUCAAUGGAAAAACUAUAAAUGAUAAAGUUUUGUAUGUUGGAAGAGCUCAGAAAAAAGGUGAAAGGGAAGCUGAGCUGAAGGCCAAGUAUGAGCAGGAGCGAAGUGGAAGACUUGAAAAACUUCGAGGACGUAAUUUGUAUGUAAAGAAUCUUGAUGAGAAUAUUGAUGAUGUACAACUUAGGAACAUAUUUUCUGAGUUUGGCUUUGUAAUUUCCUCCAAGGUCAUGGUUGACUCACAAGGGCAGAGCAAGGGGUCAGGAUUUGUGGCAUUUUCAUCUGCAGAAGACGCUAUCCAUGCUAUAAAUGAAAUGAAUGGGAAAAUGAUCGGGAGGAAACCGUUGUACGUUGCUCUGGCACAAAGUAAGGAGGAAAGAAGGGCAAGGUUGCAGGCCCAUUUUGCUCAACUUAAUGCUCAAGGGGCAAUGACACCCGUGCCUUCUAUCCCAGGUUACCACCCUGGUCCCCCUAGGCUUGCCCCCCCUCAGCACCUCUAUUUUGGCCAGGGGGGCCCCAGUCUGAUCCCACCCCAACCUGCGGGCUACAGCUUCCAACAGCAACUUAUUCCAGGGAUGCGCACCCCCAAUUACGUGAUGCCUUAUAAUGUUCAGAGGCAAGGACAAGCUGGUCAGAGGAUUGGUGCGAGGCGUCAGCAGAUGCAACAGCAGCAGCAGCAGCAGCUGGUUCAGCGCAACACUAAUCAAGGCUUUAGAUAUAUGCAAAGUGGUCGCAAUGGGGUUGACCCAACAAUGCAGCCCCAAGGUCUGAUGGGUCCGAUGAUGCCUUUGCCACUUGAUCCCAGCGGUAUGCAUGUUGCCCAGAUGGAUGCUAUCCGGCCUUCACCUAUUCCAAUCACAGCUCUUGCCUCUGCUUUAGCUUCUGCUUCUUCCGAGCAACAACGCAUUAUUCUGGGUGAGCAAUUGUACCCACUCGUUGAACGAAUAGAGCGAGAGCAAGCUGGUAAAGUUACAGGUAUGCUGCUCGAGAUGGAUCAAACCGAGGUACUCCACCUCAUAGAAUCGCCCGAUGAUCUUCAGAGCAAAGUCGCAGAAGCUAUGGAAGUUCUACAACAGGCUCAUGUUGCGGGCUCAGAUGCUGUCAAUCAGCUUGGCUCAUUAUCCUUGAAUGACUGAAGCUUGUGGUUUAGAAUUUAUUUAUCUUUGGCUUGAAUUGAUCUUGAUACUGCUUCAGUGGCCUUUACAAAUAAAAAAAAAUAAAAAAAUAUAUAUACAAUUUUAAAAAAAUUUAAAAAAAAGAGAGCAAAAGUUUUGGGUAUUAACCAUGAUACAAGCGAGAUAGUUAACUUAGAGGCCUUUUUUUUUUUUCAUUUUUUAGGGUCAUCUUAGAGUUUCAGGUUUUAUUUUAAUGCUCUGUUUUCUUUUUUCUUUUUGUGUGUGUGGUGGGUCGCAGAUGAUUGGUGGUUGGUAGUCGUUCUGGUGUAUUGAGUCAUCUCCAUGUUUUUUUUUUCAUUUUGGCUUGUAGAUGAUUGGUACUUUCUUUUUUUUUUUGAAUAUUUAUUCAAUGAAGCUUGUACUUACUAA